UUAGAUUUUUCGAUAGUACUUAACAAUAAAUUUAAAUGAGACGACGAAGGAAUGGAUAAUUCAUGAUAUUUUGUCCACUAUUGUUUAUAUGUAGGAUUCUUUUUCCGUUCCAGGUUCAACAGUCACUGACAAGUUCAGUACGUCGUAAUCGUAUUUCUUCACCAAUAACCACCUUUUCCUUGGCCACUGAUCCAGAUUAAAUACCAAAACUACCCUCAACCCCAAAAGAUUGGAAGACAAGAAACACAAUAAUAUUUUGUCGUCAUCUUCUUAUUUAUUUAACAAAUAUUAUAGGAUUAAAAGGUCAAUUGCAUGCAUGAAUUUUAUCGUCUCACUUUUCCAAAUUCCUUUUUCGUCAUUUAGCGUCUACGAUAUAGAGUCUUUCUGUCUUUUUAUUUUAGCGCCUCCCUCAAUUUUUCAUCAUCAUUCUCAACACAAAAAAUUAGAAGAAUUUACAGUUGCUAGUUUUCUUUCUCUCUUAGCUUACUCAAGUUAGCAGCAAAUGGACCGUGGAAAGUACCAACGUGGUGGAGGUUACCGUGGUCGAGGUCGUGGUCGUGGUUACUACGAACAGGGACAAGGCCAAGGCCGUGGUGAGCCUCAGAUGGGUUCAUCUUCCUGUAACCAACCACCAUUUCAGUCUCCACAGCAAUGGGGGAACCAGCCAAGGCCAUUGGAUCCGGACAAUCAGAACUAUCCAGUUAGUCAGAGUCCGGGUCGUGGUGGUACUCUGGUCAGCCAACCUGGUCGUGGUACUGCUUCGCCACGGCCACAACAGCAACAGGGUACUGACGACCCAAGCACUGCUUGGCCAACGCUAGCAAAGGCUGCACAGCAACAGGGUAGUGACGUUGCAAGCACUGCUUGGCCAGCGCUACCACAGAAAAAGAGCAGUAGCGUUCCGAGUACUGUUUGGUCCCGUCCACCUUUGCAACACGGCAGUGGCGGCGGCGUUGGUACUUCUCUGCAGCAACAUGGUGGUGGAAACGAGCAACAGCAGGUUAGUAGCGGUGGAGUUGGUACUGUUUCGGCUCGGCCAUCACUACCGCAGCAGCCACAGAAACAGGGUAGUGGCGGCGGAGUUAGUAAUGUUUGGCUCCGGCCACCGUCGCUGCUACAUGGUGGUGGAAACAAGCAGAAGCAGGUUAGUAGUGGCGGAGUUGGUACUGUUUCGGCACGGCCACCACCACUGCAGCAGCCACGGAAACAGGAUGUUCCAGUUCUUCUGGGGACCCUGAAUACUACGGAUCCAGAAAGUUCCGAGAAUAAACGUGUGCCAAAGCCACGACCUGAUGCUGGAAACAAGUCUGGCCAGUCAAUUAGGCUGUUCGCUAAUCACUUUCAUGUUACAUUUAAUCCCGAGACUAUCAUAAUGCAUUAUGAUGUGGAUGUUCAAGAGAAGGUUGAUGGGAAUCGAACUGGAAAGACGGUAACAGACAAGUCUGAUCUCCGUAGGAUAAGAGAAAAGUUGUGUAAGGAUAUGCCUGAGGAAUUUCCCAUAGAUAAAACUGCAUAUGACGGUAUGAAGAGCAUUUUCAGUGCUGUUCCACUUCCUAAUAAGUGUUUCACCGUGAACUGCUCUGAUGACGGGCGCUCGUAUGACUUUACCAUCAAGUUUGCUACUGAAUUAAAUCUUGGCAACCUGAACGAGUAUUUGGGUGGGAACUUCUUGGGUAAUCCUAGUAAUAUACUACAAGGAAUGGAGUUGGUUAUGAAAGAAAAUCCUAAAAGGUGCAGGAUUUCUGUAGGUCGUUGUUUCUACUCUAAUGUGCCUUACGAAGACUUUGGUCUCGGGGUUGCUGCACAUACAGGUUUUCAGCAGAGCCUAAAGCCUACAUCUGAAGGGCUUGCGUUGUGCUUAGAUUACUCAGUCUUGGCACUCCCGAACCCAAUUCCAGUGGUGAAGUUUCUGGAGUUGUUUUUUGGAGUACCUCUCAAAGAAAUUUUCAGGAGUAAAAGGCAAGCUGCAACUGAUGUAUUGACUGGUUUGAAAGUCAGAGUAAAUCAUCGUCGUAACAAGCAGAAGUUUGUUAUUAAGACUCUAACUCGAGACAAGACUAGUGAACUUACUUUUCAUUUUGAAGAUACAGAAGGCCACAAAAGGAAGGUUCAUCUUGUUGACUACUUCAGGGAAAAAUAUCAGGUGGAGAUUGAGCUCGAGGAUAUUCCUUCAUUAGAUAUUGGAAAAGGUAAAAAGAAAAACUAUGUCCCGAUGGAAUUCUGUGAAUUGGUUAGGGAACAACGGUUUCCUACGGAUCGUUUGGAUAUGAAUACAUCCCGGGUUUUGAGGAAGAAAUCACUACCUGAUCCCCCAGAGAGAAGGGAGACAAUACGUAACAUGGUACUGGCUCAAGAUGGACCGUGCGGGGCUAUCACCCGUAAUUUUGAGAUUGAAGUUGAUGAUGACAUGAUCAGUAUUACGGGUCGUAUUCUUCCUGUCCCUGUUUUGAAGAUAGGCGGUCAACGUCCACUUUAUAUCAAUAAUAAAGAAAAAUGCCAGUGGAACCUUGUUGGGAAAUAUGUGGCGGAAGGCAAAGCGCUUCAACGAUGGGCUUUGAUAGAUUUUACCCCCUCUAGAUCCAACUUAAGUCUACAAGUUGAUCAAUUUGUUAACGGAUUGAUAGAUCGGUGCAGAAAUUUGGGUAUGAAGAGUGAAGGACCUGUCGUAAUACGUUCCAGUGGUAUGAAUGUACUCUCUGACGUUGAUAAGGUUGAAGAACUCCUCAAAGAUGUGGUUGAUGAAGCUCGCCAGAAAAACAAGGGUAAACUUCAAAUGAUAGUUUGUGUUAUGGAAUCAAAGCACAAUGGGUACAAAUAUCUUAAAUGGGUCUCUGAGACAAAAAUUGGCAUUGUAACCCAGUGUUGCUUGUCUUCUAAUGCCAACAAGAGACAGGAUCAAUUUUUUAGUAACCUCUGUAUGAAGAUUAACGCAAAACUUGGAGGCAGCAAUAUGGAACUUAUGGAAAGUCUCCCUAAUUUCACAAGUGUGGACAAUGUCAUGUUCAUUGGAGCUGAUGUUAAUCAUCCUGGUGCCAGGAAUGAUGACAAAUGUCCAUCCAUAGCAGCUGUUGUUGCCACCAUCAACUGGCCAGCUGCUAAUAGAUAUGCCGCUAGAGUUCGUCCUCAGGACCACAGGACUGAGAAGAUUCUAAACUUUGGACAAAUGUGUAAAGACCUAGUUGAUACUUAUGCUCGACUCAACUCGGUUAAACCAAACAGAAUUGUUGUUUUCCGUGAUGGUGUGAGUGAGAGUCAGUUUGAUAUGGUACUCAACCAAGAGUUGUCUGAUUUGGCGAACACUAUAUAUGAGAGUCACUAUCGACCAGCAAUCACUCUUGUUGUGGCUCAGAAGAGACACCAUACACGACUAUUUCCUGCAGUCGGCAGUGGAAAUGUGCUUCCGGGUACUGUUGUGGAUACAAAAAUUGUUCAUCCAUCUGAUUUUGACUUCUAUCUUUGCAGCCACUAUGGACAGUUGGGUACUAGCAAGCCAACUCACUAUCAUGUUCUAUGGGAUGAGAAUGGUUUCACUUCUGACAGCUUACAAACGCUUAUAUACCACAUGUGCUUCACUUUUGCGCGAUGCACUAAACCUGUUUCACUUGUUCCACCAGUUUACUAUGCAGACCUUGUUGCCUACAGGGGAAGGAUGUUCCAAGAGGUGCUUAUGGAGAUGAACUCUCCUAGGUCUACAACUUCAUCCAAUGCAGCUUCGUCGUCGUCAUCUUCUUCACGUGCCUCAUUUGAACAAAAAUUUUAUGAUCUGCACUCUGAUUUGCGGAACAUAAUGUUUUUUGUUUAAUAACAGACCCGUCAGCUUUUUGAUCUCCUUCAUUCCCACACUGGGGAGGAGAUGCCCAUUUCCAAACGCAUUUGAGCCUCCUUUCUGUCGGACCUAGCAAAGGAGUUUGUGCGUGAAUCUAAUGGGAUUUCAUGCUUCUUUUAUUGCCUCCCUGUCUUUUAUUUUCUAGAGAGUGAGUUUGUCCAGUCAUAUCUUAAUGGUAUGACGUUUGAUUAUGUUUUAUUUACUCUAAGCGUCUCUGGAGGCCACUGUCAAGUAUAUCUGAACUGUUUGUCUGCUUAAAUUGUGUGAUGUUUUCUAUUAUGUAUUGUGAGACAAAAGUUGAAUUUCGUUUAAUGUAUUUGUUUGAACUA